UCGGUUCUCUUGCACACAGUUUUCGUUUCGAUGAGUUCGUGGCGGGACAGUCGUCCACUCUCUUCCCAAACUUUAUCAUUGCUCUCUCCCAAUGUUAUCCACGAGGUUCAGAAUUACUUUCGAUUUUAACGGAAACUUAGAAAAAAGUUUUCUCGCAUGGACAGGAGACGAAUCGGGCAGGUAAUUUAAAUUGCUCCGAAUCGGAAUUUAUGGAUUAUGAUAAGAAAAUUCCAUCAAUUGAACUCUUAUCAUUGAUUGAUUGAUGUUUGUGGCCGAGAAGAAUCAGUAGGUGAAAAUAAAUGCUCAUAUUUAUUCAGAAUCACAAUUAGUUGAAUAGAACGCUAGUGUAGAAUUCUUGUCCCGUAAAAGUAGUUAAAACACUGAUAUUUAGACUAUAAAUGUGGUGUAACUUUUUGUAAUUGAUGUUUGUCGUUAAAUGUGAAUAUUAUGAUAUCUUAUAAAUAAGUGUUAAAUGGAUUUUAUAUAAAAAGUAAAAUUUCUUGUUGUGAUCAACAUAAUCGAAACGUAACUGUAUAUUUGUGUCGUGAUAUUUAUUGGAAAAAGUUGCUGUUAUACUUAAAGGGAAAAAAGUUUUGCAACUUUUCUCUUUGAUACGGAGUGAUAAUUUACAAACAUUCUGUUACUGUAUUUAUCAUCUUUCAUUCUUGGUGGUCAAAUAUUCUAUGAAGUUGUGAUUAGAUGUUAUAAAAGAACUAAAAAAAUUUGGAGGAAUUGAAAAAUUUUAAACAUAAACUUUAUCUAAAGAAUCGAUUGUUCUGAACUGUAUUUGACUGACAUUUUGUUUGACGAACUUACUUCGCCAGAUAAACUUUUUGAUUCAUCCCAACUUCUUUUUGACGAGAACAUUGAAAAUCUAUUUUUGUAGCCGACGGCUAUUUUUUCGAACAAUUCCGGUUACUACAAAUUUCGUUUCGAAGUGUGAUACUAGAACAAAAAAAAAAAAAAAAAAGUUAUUCGAUAAUUGCAUAAAAAUCUCACCGAAAUUUUGCUUUAAAAGACGAAAACCAGAAAUAACCCACUGAUCAUUUCAAAAUGCAAGAUAUACUUAUGAAGCUCAUUGAGGAAGAGAAACGUUAUCCAAACGCACAGUAAAAAGUCACCUUCCAAGAACGAAGCUCUUAUUCUUUUGUCUUAAGAAAUUCGCAUUCUUUAAAUCUCCAGAGCUAUGAAAAUGGGACGAGAUAUCUGGAUGAAUUCCCCGUCGUACCAAGCGACGUCUACAACAUCCUGUCUCUACCCAUCCUCGAGUCAUCCGAGAUAUCGUAAGAGGGAUUCACUAGACACCCGCCGGACUCAGAAUGCCUCGAAAUCGAAAUCCACUCAUCGUCGUACUUCGCCCCGUUCCCUGGCAUUGUGGUCCCAAUUGAUGAAUCUCACGUCCAGAGUUAGAAAUCAGUCUGUAAUGACAAUCAUAAUGGAUACAUUUGUGUACUUAGUAGUCAUAGUCGCCUGCAUCGCUUGCUAUGCGAAUUCUUUGGACGGCGAGUUCGUCCACGAUGAUUUGGUCUCGAUUACCAUGAAUCCUGACGUUAUUGGCGAGAAUCCUGUCAGCGAGAUUUUCUUCAACGAUUUCUGGGGGAAACCGAUGUCAGAUCCCAGUAGCCACAAGUCUUAUCGUCCCUUCACAGUACUUACCUUUCGGUUGAAUCACGUAUUCUGCGGUCUGUCUUCUUGGAGUUAUCACUUUGUGAAUGUAUGCCUGCAUUCCUGCGUUUCGCUCUUGGUCACUUUUCUUUGUCUCGAAGUUCUGAAAUGGUCGAGAGAAGAUUGUCUGAUCGCUGCUUUGAUUUUUGCCACUCAUCCCAUUCACACUGAAGCGGUUUCCAGUGCAGUUGGUCGUGCGGAAGUUCUGUCGGCAUUAUUCUUCCUUUCGUCUCUGUUAGCUUUCAUAAAAAGCACUAAAGCUGGUGACCAAAAUGAGAAAUGGAUUUUGUGGUUCAUCUUCAGUCUGUUUUGUUCUGGCAUCGCUCUUCUGGCUAAAGAACAAGGGAUCACCGUCCUAGCAGUUUGUAUUGCAUGGAGAACUCUUCAGCUCCUGGGAACUACCAGAUUGGAAUCGCCAAAGCUUUUGAUUAAGAAAGGACUAUUUUUACUAACAGAUCCUAUUUUGUGGACUACAGCUCUAAUGUUCUUAAUGUUAAUGGUUUUCCGAAUCUGGAUGCUCCAAGGAUCGAUGCCGAUAUUUUCUGAGGAAGACAAUCCCGCCUCCUUCAGUUCAUCUUUGCUCACAAGAUUUUACAUGUACUCUUACCUGGCUGCUUUCAACUUCUGGAUGCUUCUGAACCCUAGUACUCUGUCGUAUGACUGGCAGAUGGGCAGUAUUCCCCUGGUUACCUCCGUUUUCGAUGUUCGCAAUGUGGCUUCACUGCUCCUUUUCCUUUUCUUGAGUGUAUCAGCUCUGCAGCUGCUGUGUGCACCUUCACUCAAGAAAGCGGACGCAAAUACAAUGCUGCUGUAUCUGUGUAUUCUGGUGUUACCCUUCUUACCAGCUUCUAACGUAUUCGUCACUGUUGGCUUUGUAGUUGCCGAAAGAGUACUCUAUAUACCAAGCAUUGGAUUUUGUAUCCUGAUAACCUACGGAUUAAGGAAACUGCGAAACUCUACUCGAUUCUACUGGGUGUGGAAGAGCUGCACCAUAAUCCUCAUCGUCUUAUUCAUGGCCCGAACCGUGAUCAGAAAUAAAGAUUGGAAAUCUCGUGAAGCACUUUUCACGUCGGGCCUGACCAGCGUACCCCAUAAUGCCAAAGUCCAUUAUAACUUUGCUAAUCUUCAGAAAGACUUGGGAAAUGUCGAAACUGCCGUGGAACACUACAGGAUGGCGCUCAGUUUAUGGCCCAAUCAUGCUAGCGCGCACAACAAUUUAGGAACCUUGCUUUCUGACACAAAGGAAGCCGAGCACCAUUUCAAGCUAGCUCUCCUCAUCAAUUCUCAUCAUCCUCGAGCUCUGUUCAACCUUGCAUCGUUAUAUAGCAAGCAGGGAAGAAAGCAGGUAUCUCAAGAGCUUCUUCAAAGAGCCAUAGAAUUGGAUAAAGAAUUCAUAGAAGCCUACUCUUCCCUUGCAACCAUUUACGCAGAGGCAGGAAAGCUCGACGAGGCCGAAUCGCUCCAUCUUAAAGCUCUCUCCAUGGAUCCCAAUAAUGCGGAUUCUUUUAAUAAUUAUGGGACAUUUUUACAGAAGACUGGACGAGUUGAAGAAGCUGUUCAACAGUAUCGACAAGCAAUGCGCUUGCAACCAAACCAUACCGUGGCCAUCGUUAACGCAGCUAGAAGUUUACGGGCAUUGAAAAAUAAUAGAGAGGCAGAGGAGCUCUACAAAAGGGCCUUGUCCAUUAACUCGGAACCAAAAAUAAUGGACAACUUGGGUGUUCUCUAUAUUAGUGCUGGACGCAUUGCAGAAGCCAACAAGCUGUACAAGGAUUUGUACGAGAAGUACACUGAUUACGUCGAAGGAAGAGUUCAUUUCGCCCAGGUUUUAAUGCAAGAAAGAAGCUUUCAACAAGCUGAGACGCUGCUUCAGUCUGUUAUAAAGGAAAACAAUACGCACAGAGACGCUUUGCAUCAGUUAUCAUUAUUAUAUAGCCAAGUGAACAGAACAACAGAAGCUUUGGAGCACAUUCUGAAAUCCCUGAAUCUUUGCUCAUCUUCAGAAGUUUCUUGCGCACAGCUACAUGCUGAUCAUGGGGAUAUUCUCAAAGAUUUGAAACAAUGGGAUGAUGCAGCUCAUAGCUACAGAAUGGCUAUUCAAUUGGAUCCUAAAUUGUCACAUGCCCAUGUCAAUUUAGCAGUCAUCAACCAUUUACAGGGUGAAUGCCACCAAGCUCUCCGCCAUUAUCACGAGGCUUACAUGUUGGAUCCAGACAACCAGCUGCUCCAUGAAAACAUGCGGAAAUUGAAGCUGCACCUGGUCGACGGUUCUGGCACCUGCGACACUGAGCGGCGAGCGACUUGUAAAAGUCGGUGACAACCAGUCGAAGGUCAGAGCUUGGGACCAUUCACGAGCUAUGCUGCUUCUUCGACAUGAGCAAACAAGUCUAUGUGUGAAAAAUAAACCAAAAUUACAAUGGAUGUUGAACGGAAUUGUAAACAAUUGUUGUUUGUUUAGAUCGCCAUGAUAUAGUGAAUUGUAUGUGAGUUUAUUUGAUUUUGAUACGUAAUAAAUUUAUUGGUAUUUCUAA